AUGGUUGCAGAUGAGCAUUUUGUACUCCGUUGGCCGGAGAAUUUGCCACUUGAUUCCGGUGCACCCUUGCUAUGUGCUGGGGUCACAACUUAUAGCCCUCUCAAGUACUUUGGAUUGGACAAGCCUGGUAUGAAAGUGGGUGUGGUUGGUCUCAGUUGGCUUGGUCAUGUUGCUGUGAAGAUGGCUAAGGCGUUUGGGGCUGAAGUUACUGCUGUUAGGGGUACACUCGAUGGCAUCAUUGACACAGUGUCCGCAAAUCAUGCAAUUGCGCCAUUACUUAAUGCACUUACACCCCAUGGAAAGCUUGUUCUUGCUGGUGCACCCGAGAAACCACUUGAAGUAGCAGCAUUUUCACUGCUCAUGGGGAGAAAGCUUGUUGCUGGUAGUUAUAUUGGCGGCAUUACACAAAAUCAGGAAAUGCUUGACUUUGCAGCAAAGUAUGGGAUAACUGCAGAUAUAGAGGUUGUAGCGAUAGACUAUGUGAAAUCCGAUGUAAGGUACCGAUUUGUGAUAGAUGUGGCCAACUCGAUCAAGGCUGAAUAGGUUGAUUCAUGAAACUCUUGAUGAAUGUUUCAUUUCUCUUAUAAGUUUUUUUUUUUUUGCAUUUGUGAGCAUGUUUUAGGGAAGUGAGAGUCCUGAGGUUUAAUUACUUGUAUGCAUUUGUUAAUGGUUUUUUUAGAUAUGUAUCAAACUAUCGAAAUCA